AUGGGAGAAUACAUCAACUCUACAAGCACCCGAGCAUGGUCUGAGAGAACAUGCGGUUACACCUUUCCUGGCCGCGCUCUCAAUAUGGGAACCUUUCAACGCGACAUGGAAUACGCUAUGAGCUCAUCCAAGGAAGGUGCGAAUCUUGCUAUAAUCAUCGAGUCGGCAAUCCUUUAUGAAACCAGUGAUAAACCUAUUGGUAGACGAUCCGGCAUCACAUUUGACGUUUUGAAAAUCGACAAGGAGACAGAGUUCGAGUACAACAGCCCGCCACAUUUCGAUGCUUACACUAUUAAAUGGUAUUGGUGCGCCAAGACAUUUCACAACUUAUCAGCUUCUCAAGGGGAAGUUGAUAUUGGCACAACAAGCUCAGAACCUCUUCAAGUCAACGCUGACUACAAGGUUGACGAUCCAUUCGGAUUAUAUUACGAUCCCUAUCUUAUCGUCGGGAAUACUUCAUCGUCAAGCGCGCUGUACCAGACGCCCCCCCCCCCCAUUCUGGGACUCUCUUAG